AUUAUUAAAAGAAAAAAGGAAAGUGUAUUUCUUUUCUUUGAUGCCUGAUGGCUUCUUUCAAUUGAAAUAGAGACAGAGUACUAGAUAAAUGCAAUAUGCAACUAAUAAAACUACUUUCAAUUUGCUCAAAAGUAGGAAGCUAUAAACUCCCAAUUCAUCGAAAAAUAUCUGUAUUUUUCCGGUUUUUACAUUUUGAUUCUUACUACAGUAAUACUGAUGCUUCUGAUCUAAUAUUUUCAUACAACCGUGCCAUAGAUAAUCAUAUAAAAUCAGGAUGUUUAUCCUCUGCCCACCAACUGUUCGAUGAAAUGUCUCUUAGAGAUGUUGUUUCCUGGAAUUUAUUAAUAACCGGGUAUAAACGUCAUGGGAAUCCGGGCUAUGGGUUUGAAUUAUAUUCUCAAAUGGUAUCUCAAAAUAUUAGAGAAAGUCCACCAACCUUUUCCUCUGUUUUGAGUAUUUGUAGCAAUUAUGGUUAUUAUUUUGAAGGAAUUCAAGUACAUUGUAGAGUAAUUUUAUUGGGUUUUAUUGGAAAUCUGUAUAUAGAGAGUUCUAUUGUGGACUUUUAUAUGCAGAUGGGUAUAGUUGAUGAUGGGUUGCAAUUUUUGGAUGAAAUGAGUGUAAGGAAUUCUGUUGUUUGGAAUUCAAUUUUUCGCGGAUUUUGUAAAUUGGGUUUAUGGAAUGAGAUCAUAAGGCAGUUUCCGAGACUGAUAUCUGAUGGGGUGAUGUUGGAUGAUGUUAUGAUUUGUUAUCUGCUUCAGGCUUGUUCUAAUGGAAAGUUUGUAAGUCAAGGAGAAGAGUUACAUUGUUAUGCUUUGAAGACCAGAUUGAUUGAAAUAAAUGGGUUUGUUGCUAAUCGAUUGGUGGACUUUUAUUCUGCUUGUGGUACUCUAAAUGAUGCUUUGAAAUCAUUUGAAGUUAUUCCUUGUAAUGCUGUGAUAUCAUGGAAUUCAAUUGUUUCUGCAUAUGCCAAAAAUGGUGGUUUGUUUGAUGCACUUGCUUGUUUCAGGAGGAUGCUAUAUUGGAGUAUGAAACCAUCCGUUCGUUCUUUUAUUAUGAUCUUGAAUUCGUGUAGCAAAAAUGAAAAUCUUUUGGUGGGAAAACAGUUGCAUUGUUUUGUUCUUAAAUUGGGAUUUGAUUGUGGAAGCAUCUAUGUUGUGUCUGCUCUCAUUGAUAUGUAUGGCAAAUGUUAUGAUAUUGAUAGUUCUUUUAAUGUGUACAAGGAAUUCCCUUAUAAAACUAGGGAGUGUUGUAAUGCUCUUUUAACAUCUUUGUUACAUUGUACUUAUUAUAAAGAGGUGAUUAAGUUGUUCAAAUUCUUGAUUGAUGAGGGUAUUGGACUCGAUGAAUGCUCCUUGUCCACCACACUGAAAGCAUUGUCAAGAUCUUCUUUUGCGAGCUUAACAAACUGUACACUGCUUCAUUCUCUUGCUGUUACAUUUGGAUUCGGAUCUAAUAUCGUGGUUUCAUGUUCUCUAAUCGAUGCAUAUUCAAAGUUAGGACAUGUUGAUCAAUCGUGCUAUGUCUUUGGGUUUCUACUUUCACCAAAUGUUGUCUCUUUUACCUCAAUAAUAAAUGGGUAUGCCUGGAAUGGAUUAGGAAAAGAAUGCCUGAAAUUGUUGGAAAUGAUGUUGGAAAUGGGUUUGAAACCAGAUAGAGCAACCUUCUUGUGUGUUUUGACAGGUUGUAAUCAUUCCGGUUUAGUAGAGGAAGGAAGGAGGAUAUUUAAAUCCAUGAAGUCCCUUCAUGGUAUUGAACCAGAUCAGACACAUUAUUCAUGUGUGGUUGAUCUCCUAGGUCGUGCAGGGUUUGUAUACGAAGCUGAAGAGUUGUUAAAGUUGUCACUUGCAAAGGAAGAUCCUUUUACAUGGAGCUCAUUGCUAAGAAGUUGUAGGAUACACAAGAACAAAGAAGUUGGACAAAGAGUAGCUAAAUGCUUGAUAGAGCUUAAACCUAAAAUCCCUGGAGUGUACCUGCAAAUUUCAAACUUUUAUUCUGAAACCGGAGAUUCUGAAUUGUCCCUGCAUUACCGAGAGAUUGGGAUGGCAAGAAAAUCGCUUAGAGAGACCGGUCACAGCUUUAUCGAUUGACUUAUGACGAUGUUGCAGAAUAUUCCAUAGAGGGCAAUCUAAUUGCAAGGCCUUUCAUAUUUUUGAAAUUACUUGAUAGAUGCUUGUUUUUAGCUGCAUUUAUUUUAAGUCAUACCUGAAUUUUGAUGAACCUAAAUCAACAACCAGUCUUUGAAGAGAAAGGUAAAAGGUUGACCAGAACUAUUUCUUUUUUGCAUUUCUGAUUGACAGUGUGAUCCUUUGUCAUCACUCCUAUCUUUAUAGUUGUUGGGUGUUAAAUUUCCUGAAAAUGAAAAAAGUAUAAAUGCAUGUAUAUAAAGGUUUUAGUGGAGAGCCCUUGAACUUUUUGACUGGUGAAUUUAGAGUCCACUGGUUUAAGAGUAAAGCAAAGAUAUGUAAAAUAAAUUUCGCUUAUACUUGAAGUGUAGGCAUGUAGAAAAUGUUGGCUCUUCAUCUACUUUCAAGUCAAGCUAAAUUUCCAUAAAUCUCCAUUUUGUUUACUAAUCUUUGGAUAUAUAUAUGCAAACUCAGUGUCUGUCCAUAAAUUAUUCAAGUCUAAUCAUUUUCUAAAUCAUACACAACUCACAAAUUAUGGAAAUAUUCUUUGUUCUAUUUCUUAGCUUGUUGAUUACAGUUCAUGGGACUGCAGAAUAUGAACUACUUGACAAAAUGGCCAUGCUUAAAGAACUUGAAAACUUCGAUGUUGAUGAAGGAGACAGAAUAGAAGAUUUUGAAAUGAAUUCAUGGACCAGUACAAAUGCGGCGCGUGUUCUUGUGAAUGUUGAUAGCUUUGGUGCUGUUGGAGAUGGAAAUUCUGAUGACACCCAGGCCUUCUCAAGUGCAUGGAAGCAGGCUUGUUCAACAGAAAAAUCAGUCUUUUUAGUUCCUGAAGGGCGCCGUUAUCUUGUUAAUGCAACCAGAUUUGAAGGACCAUGUGUGGGUCGAAUAGUUGUACAGGUCGAUGGUACAAUAGUUGCUCCAGGAGAGCCUAAGGACUGGGAUCCAGCAUUCUCCCGAACAUGGUUGAAUUUUCACAACUUGACAGGUGCUAUUUUUCAAGGCAAAGGUAUUAUUGAUGGAACAGGCAGUAAAUGGUGGGCUGCAUCCUGCAAAAAGAACAAGACAAAUCCUUGUAAAGGAGCACCAACUGCACUCACGAUAGAGUCAAGCUCUGCCAUAAGGGUCAAAGGUCUGACAAUCCAAAAUAGCCAACAGAUGCAUUUUAUUAUUUCCCAUUCCGACUCUGUGCGGGUGUCCAAUGUGCUAAUUUCUUCUCCGGAAGACAGUCCUAACACUGAUGGGAUACAUAUCACUGGAUCAACAAAUGUUGCUCUUAUUGACUGUAAAAUUGGAACAGGGGAUGAUUGUGUUUCAAUCGUCAAUGGUAGUUCAACUAUCAAGAUGAAGAGAAUCUAUUGUGGUCCCGGACAUGGAAUUAGCAUUGGAAGUCUUGGCAAAGAUAAUUCAACCGGCAUUGUCACAAAGGUCGUUUUGAAUGGUGCUUUUAUAAGGAACGCGAGUAAUGGGGUCAGGAUUAAGACUUGGCAGGGAGGAUCGGGGUAUGUCAAAGCAGUACGCUUUGAAAAUGUCAUGAUGGAAGAUGUUGCGAAUCCUAUACUAAUCGAUCAGUUCUAUUGUGAUUCUCCCGAUCCUUGUGGAAACCAGUCGACUGCAGUGCAAAUAAGUCAGGUGAUGUACCGGAAUAUUACUGGAACUACAAAGAGCAAGGAAGCCAUGAAGUUUGCUUGCAGCGACACGUUUCCUUGCAGGAACAUUGUCCUCACCAACAUCGACUUGCACAAGAAGGAUGGCACAGCCGAGACAUAUUGCAACUCCGCCACUGGUUUUGGGUUCGGAGUCAUCAAUCCCCCGGCUGAUUGCUUGACAUCUAAUGACAAAGAUUAUUCUGACCAUUAUGGCGAUGAUGACGAUGAUUAUAAUGAAAUGGUAAUUUCGCAGCAUGGGGAAUCAAUACAAGAUCACCUCAUUCAUACAGAGCUGUGAUUUUGCUUCAUGAAAUGGUAAUUUCGCAGCAUGGGGAAUCAAUACAAGAUCACCUCAUUCAUACAAAGCUGUGAUUUUGCUUCUACAGUACUAACGUUUAUACAUACUUUUGGAAGGAUUUUUUUAAUUUUCCUAAUUUUUUACUUAACAAUUUGGAUUGUAAUGAUGCAAUAUAUAUUUUGGUACAAAAAUGAUUGUUAUUGAUGGAAAAUUAGUGCAAGUUGAAGUUGGUGCCAAACGGGAAGUAUUCUAUGCAAUUGUUGUACACCUGUUUUUGGCCUAAUCAAUCAAAACCAAUAGAAAAUAUUCUAAUAUCGUUUUUUUGUUCAAA